AUUCUGUGUAAAUAUUUAUUUCAAGUGAAUUUCUUGUAAACAUUGUUAGAUGAUGUUUUCUAAUCCAUUUUGCUGUUCUCUUCUGUUUUAUAGACAGGUCCGUCUAAUUCAUAUUCACAGUCAUGAUUUCAACUGAAUAUUUUUCUAGUCUCCUAGACUCCUGUUUUAUUUUUCUUCUUUAUCUUUAAAAAACAAGUUAUGAGGGAUGUCUCUCUGAGAAGGGGAAAGGAGUGAUACAGCUCCCUAUCAACAAAACCUAUCAACACAAAUCUAUUUUUUAAAAACCAUAUAUCAAAAUCUUUGGAAAUCUUUGAUUUUGUUCCAGUCUUUAAUCCCUUGGUCCAGAAAAUGACAAUAUAUAAAUAAGAAUAAUAGAUGAAUAGCUGGAAGGACCAUACUUCAUUUAUAGGAAAUUUUGACUCAAUAUAUAUGGAAACGGAGGCAAAGAGAAAUAUGAAUUACUUAAGGUCAUAAGGUGGAAGUGGAAGAACAGGUGCUCUAACUCCCAAACCAGCAGUCUUGGCUGCAUUUUGCUGGACUGAACAGCUGUGGCGUCCAAGAGAAUAAAUAGGGCCGGGCUCAGAACUACCAGCACGCCGGUCUUCUCCAAGCCUCCCGGCAGUCCUAAAGGCUUAUCUACUUCCUAGAGAUACCUAUACAACGGGACGGAAGGACAGACUCGGGUGGAGACGCUCCCCUCCCCCUCCCCAGCCAAGCAGACUGCAGCUGUCCUUAGUUUCUGGGAGCUCUGGCACGCUCUCCGGGUCCGGAAGGGUAAGGAGCUUUGGAGACCACAGAGUCCAAUCUCAUUUACAGGCAGGCCAGGUGGCUUGUCCAGGACCCCACAGGCGGGACGCGUUAGAGAAGGGCUAGAACCCAAGCCCCCUCCCGGGACCGGAUUGUUUCUCUGGAUCCCGUAAUGGCUGGCAGGGAUACAAGACAGAAGGGAAUGGAAAGGAAGGAGGCCUGUUUUCUGUCCCGUCUGUGGCGCGAACUGGCAGCAACGAGCGUACCCAGGCCUACGUGAGCCCGCCGGCGAGUAAGCCUUUCUGCAAGGACGCCUUCAUAAUGAAAAAACCCAGCCUCUCCCGAGGGCCAGAUUAUAGCCACAACCACCUGCGCCUGCGUAUUGGCUCCUCCUUCAUCUCGCUCGCGCCCAACGAGCCUUCGGCCCCGCCCCCAUCCAAUGACGCUUGCCAGAGACGUAGCCAAUGGAUAGCCGCGCUGGGACCCGCCCUCCCGGCCCCGAGACUCCGCGAGGCUGUCAGAUCCAUGGGGACCUGAAGGUCCCCCCCUUGGAGUCGGGAUGAGGAGGAGCCUGGCUCCGAGCCAGCUCGCCAAGAGGAAGUCAGCGGGCAGCGCCUCUGAUGAAGAGGACUGGAGCCCGGAGACUCCCAAGAAGCGGAGAUCGGGCGGCGAGGCGAGUGGCCGGGACUGUUUCCUGUCACCCUUUCGGAAGCCCCUGACUCAGCUAACUAAUCGGCCGCUCUGCCUGGACAGCAGCCAGCAUGAGGCGUUUAUCCGGAGCAUCUUGUCGAAGCCCUUCAAAGUCCCAAUCCCCAAUUACCAAGGGCCUCUGGGCCUCCGGGCCUUGGGCAUCAAGCGGGCGGGGCUCCGCCAUGCCCUCCACGACCCCUUCGAGGAAGGCGCGCUGGUUCUGUAUGAGCCGCCGCCUCUGAGUGCCCAUGACCAGCUGAAGCUCGACAGGGAGAAGCUCCCCGUCCAUGUGGUGGUCGAUCCCAUUCUCAGCAAGAUCUUACGGCCCCACCAGAGGGAGGGCGUCAAGUUUCUCUGGGAGUGUGUGACCGGCCGGCGCAUCCCUGGCAGCCAUGGCUGCAUCAUGGCGGACGAGAUGGGCCUGGGCAAGACCCUGCAGUGCAUCACGCUGAUGUGGACGCUCUUGCGCCAGAGUCCUGAGGGCAAGCCGGAAAUCGACAAGGCGGUGGUGGUCUCCCCCUCCAGCCUGGUCAGGAACUGGUCUAACGAAGUGCACAAGUGGCUGGGCGGCCGGAUCCACCCCCUCGCCAUCGAUGGGGGCUCUAAAGAGGAGAUCGACCAGAAACUGGCCAGCUUCAUGAACCAGCGGGGCUCCAGGGUCCCCUCGCCGAUCCUCAUCAUUUCCUAUGAGACGUUCCGCCUGCACGCUGACGCCUUGCAGCGAGGGAGCGUGGGGCUGGUGAUCUGUGACGAGGGCCACAGGCUCAAGAACUCGGAGAACCAGACGUACCAGGCCCUGAACAGCUUAAACACGAGCCGGCGGGUGCUCAUCUCGGGGACCCCGAUCCAGAAUGAUCUGCUGGAGUACUUCAGCCUGGUGCACUUCGUGAGCUCUGGCAUCCUGGGGACGGCCCAGGAGUUCAAGAGGCACUUCGAGCUGCCGAUUUUAAAGGGCAGAGAUGCGGACGCGAGCGAGGCAGCCAGGCAGAAGGGCGAGGAGCGCCUCCGGGAGCUGGUCGGCAUCGUGAACAGGUGUCUGAUUCGGAGAACCUCGGACAUCCUCUCCAAGUACCUGCCGGUGAAAAUAGAGCAGGUGGUCUGCUGCAGGCUGACCCCGCUGCAGACUGAGCUGUACCGGCGGUUCCUCCAACAAGCCAAGCCGGCGGAGGAGCUGAGAGAGGGCAAGAUGUCCGUGUCGUCCCUGUCUUCCAUCACAUCCCUGAAGAAGCUGUGUAACCACCCAGGCCUGAUCUACGAGAAGUGUGUGGAGGAGGAAGAAGGCUUCUCAGGAACCCUCGACUUGUUCCCCCCCGGCUACAGCUGCAAGUCGGUGGAGCCGCAGCUCUCAGGGAAGAUGCUGGUCUUGGACUAUAUUCUGGCUGUGACCCGGAGGAGCAGCAGUGAUAAGGUCGUGCUGGUGUCCAACUACACCCAGACCCUGGACCUGUUCGAGAAGCUCUGCCGGCUCCGGAGAUAUCUCUAUGUGCGGCUGGACGGCACCAUGUCCAUCAAGAAACGAGCCAAGGUUGUGGAGCGAUUCAACAACCCUUCGAGCCCAGACUUCAUCUUCAUGCUGAGUAGCAAGGCUGGUGGCUGCGGUCUCAAUCUGAUCGGGGCCAACAGGCUUGUCAUGUUUGAUCCCGACUGGAACCCUGCCAAUGACGAGCAGGCCAUGGCCCGUGUGUGGCGUGACGGCCAGAAGAAGACCUGCUACAUCUACCGCCUGCUCUCGGCUGGGACAAUUGAGGAGAAGAUCUUCCAGCGGCAGACUCACAAGAAGGCCCUGAGCAGCUGCGUGGUGGAUGAAGAGCAGGACGUGGAGCGUCACUUCUCUCUGGGGGAGCUGCGGGAACUCUUCACUCUCAAUGAGCUCACACCCAGUGAUACCCAUGACAAACUGCGCUGUCGUCGCUGCGUGAACGGGCGCCAGGUCCGGCCGCCGCCUGAUGGUUCGGACUGCACCUCUGACUUGGCCCAGUGGCACCACAGCGCGGACAAGAGGGGGCUCUCGGACGAGGUGUUACUGGCAGCCUGGGAUGCUGCUGUCACCUUUGCCUUCCACCAGCGCUCACAUGAGGAGCAGCGGGGACUUCUUUGAACCCUGGGACUGCACUGGCCCUGGGGGGAGCCGAACUGGGCUGGACCUGGUGAGCUUGGAGCCAGAAGUGGGCCUGGGGGGCUGGGGCUGGAUUGGGGGGAGUCCAGGGCCAAGCUGGGCCAGGCCGUUGAGUGGCCGGGCUGGGCAGAAAAGCACAGGCUUUCUGCCUGUGCUUGCUGCCCCAGCUAGGGCUCCCUGCCUGCACUGCUCCCUGCCCCUGCUGCCCGUAAGCUGAGAGAGGAGUCAGCCACGUGGCUAGGAGGCCGGGGUAUGCAGAAUAGAUUUUUAUUUUUAGAAAUGUAAAAAAGGCACAGAAAUAAUAAAGGCAUUAAAAACUC